AUGCGGAUUGAGAAGAUCCUGGAGGGCAUGUUUUGCCCUGAGGAAAAGAGGGUGACAUUGGCUGCUUAUGCCUUUGAUGGCGAGGCUGAGAGGUGGUGGAGGAGUCAAUUAGAAGAAACCUUUGGAGGAAGACCAAGCAGCCAAGUUUCCUGGGAGGAGUUUGUAAAGGCAUUCAGAGAUUGGUAUGUACCUGCGACCGCCAGGAGACAGAUGCAGGAUAAGUUCAACAGAUUGAUUCAGGGAGAUCGAUCUGUUUCUCAGUAUGAGGCAGAGUUCACGAUGUUAUCCAGGUAUGCACCUCACCUGAUACCCAAUGCUGAAGAGAAGUGCAACCGCUUUCUAAAUGGGUUGAAGGACAUGAUAAGGCAGCCUCUUGUGCCUUUUGGAAUUGAGGAUUACCCUACUUUAGUGGAAAGAGCCAGAAGGAUUGAGAUGGACAUGCUGGCAACUCAGAAGAGGAUGGAUUUUCAGAAGAGAAAGAUGGAAGGCAGGUCAAAGCCUUCCCAGAUGACUCAGUCUUCUCAGUCAGGAGCUUCUACUUGGAAGAAGCCCAGAUCCAGUGAUUCUGACAGCAGUGCUUCAACUGCCUCUUUGUGCAGCAAGUGUGGGCGAGUGCAUAAGGGAGAGUGCCUCUCAGGCACUAAUACUUGUUACUGGUGCCAUCAGCCUGGGCACAUGGCGAAGUCCUGUCCUCUUUUGGGACAGAGAUCUGCUUCAGAGGUGAGGUCAGGCAACAACACUCAGAGGACAGCUGGUAGACCAAGAGCUGUAGAGUCUACUGCUUCUGUUCCUUCUCAAGGUCAGACUCGUCAGAAUGUUCAACCACGAGUCUAUGGACUGUCCCAGCAAGAAGCUAAGGGGUCUCCUGAUGUGGUUACAGAUGCGUAG